AUGCGCGUCUCCGUCGCAUUCCUCUCCACCCUCCUCUGGGCGCUGCACACCCUCGCCGCGCCCGUCCCGGCGCCCGUUGCCGGGGAGCCGGCCCCUGCGCCGGUGCGCCUCGCGACGGGCAUCCCGCGUAAACUGACUUCUGCGGAGCUUGCGGGCCGCGCCGUGACCGGAACGCGCAACCAGGCCACGGGCGUCCGCGGCGGGAAGAAGAACCAGGCCACCGGCGUACGUGGCGGCAACAAAAACCAGGCCACCGGCGUACGCGGCGGCAACAAGAACCAGGCCACCGGCGUCCGGGGCGGCAACAACAACCAAGCUACGAUCAACAUCGACCUCCUCCCCAUCGCGGUCCCCACCGGCGUCGUCACGGGCUUCGCGACGCCCCGUGCGCGGCCCACCCCCGGCGCCGGCCGCGGUCGCGGGCGGAACCGGAACCAGGCCACUGGCAACGUCGACCGGCUCCCCAUCGCGGUAACCGGCGCAGGCGAGACCCCCGGCGCGCGCCCCACCCCGACCGGGGGACGUAACCAAGCCACCGGCAACGUCGACCGCCUCCCCAUCGCCGUCACGGGCGGCGGGCAGACUCCGGGGGCCGCGGCGACGCCCACCGGCGCGCUGACCGGCGCGCUCGAGACGCCGCGUGCGCGCCCGACGGGCUUCGCGGACGAGUUCGACGAGUUCUUCGACGAGCUCGACGUGCGCGAGGCCGCCGGCGACGACGAGGAGGAGGACGAGGAGGAGGACGAGGACGACGUCGGGCUUGACGCGCGGGACGUUGAGGACGACGAGGACGAGGCCGACAUCGCCGCCCGCGACUUCGACGACGAGGAGGAGCACGAGCACGUCCACGACGAGGUGCUCCGCGCGGACGAGUGA